UGGUAGGACCAGGAUCCGUCCUCGCCUGUUACCUGCUGGUACGAGCAGGACUCCUGCCACGUGGAUUCCUAGCUAGAAAGAUCCCGAGGAAUGGCUUGAACUCUGCCAGGAAGGAGCGGUCACCUUGGAGAUGGCACGUGGCAGGCAGAAGCCUCACAUCGCUUAAAGAUUUGUCCUAGUGACGUUCCUUGGCAGUGGUCAGCGGCUCAGCAGGAGCUCUGCGGGGGAACCUCAGUGGGGGCAGCCCCUGAGCCCAAGGGAGGGAACAAAACAUGGCAAGAGGGAGACUGGACUCUUCCAUCUUUUUCCUUUUCUGCUCUCGAUGGACCUUGCUUGAAAGCCUUGCAGUGACUAAGAGUGAAGGCACAAGCCCUUUGGGUAUUGCUCUGCUCUGCUGAGCUAAAAAUUGCAUUUCAACUGGAAAACCAUACUGCUUCGUGUUUGCGCUGGGAUACCUCACGCUGUGCCAGGUCACGAGAGUCUACAUCUUUGACUACGGACAGUAUUCUGCGGAUUUUUCGGGCCCAAUGAUGAUAAUUACCCAGAAGAUCACUAGUUUGGCUUGUGAAAUCCACGAUGGGAUGUUUCGGAAGAACGAAGAGCUGACGCCCUCACAGAGAGGCUUGGCAGUGAGGCGCAUGCCCAGCCUCCUGGAGUACUUGAGUUACACCUGCAACUUCAUGGGCAUCCUGGCCGGCCCGCUCUGCUCUUACAAAGACUACAUCACGUUCAUCGAAGGCCGCUCGUACCACGCCGCGCCGUCGGGCGAGAGUGGAAAGGAGGGCAUCCAGGGCGAAAGGACGGAGCCGUCUCCAAACGCGGCAGUGGUCCAGAAGCUCCUCAUGUGCGGCCUGUCCCUGCUCUUCCACCUGACCGUCUGCAGGCGGCUGCCCGUGGAGUACAACAUCGACGCGCAUUUUCAGGCCACGGCGUCGUGGCCCACCAGGGUUCUCUAUCUCUACGUCUCCCUUCUGGCUGCCAGACCCAAGUACUAUUUCGCGUGGACGUUAGCUGACGCUAUCAAUAAUGCUGCAGGCUUUGGUUUCCGAGGCUACGACAAGAAUGGAGCAGCUCGUUGGGAUUUAAUUUCCAAUCUGAGAAUUCAGCAAAUAGAGAUGUCAACAAGUUUCAAGAUGUUUCUUGAUAACUGGAACAUUCAGACGGCUCUUUGGCUCAAAAGGGUGUGUUAUGAACGCGUCUCCAUGAGUCCCACCAUCCAGACGUUUAUCCUGUCUGCCAUUUGGCACGGCGUGUACCCCGGCUAUUACCUGACCUUUCUCACGGGCACCGUGAUGACAUUGGCAGCACGAGCUGUGAGAAAUAACUUUAGACAUUACUUCAUCCAACCUCCCCAGCUUAAAUUAUUGUAUGAUAUCAUAACGUGGAUAGUCACUCAAAUAGCAAUAAGUUACACAGUUGUGCCAUUUGUACUUCUGUCUAUAAAACCAUCCUUCAUGUUUUACAGCUCCUGGUAUUACAGCCUUCACUCCCUUGGUAUCUUAGUAUUAUUGCUGUUGCCGGUGAAAAAAACUCCAAGAGGAACGAAUACGCAUGAAGAUGCUCAGCUGUCACGAUCCAAAAAAUUGGAUGAAGGAGAAAAUUCUUUGGGACAGAACAGUUUCUCCACGACAAACAGUGUUUGCAGUCAGAGCCAGGAAAUAGCCUCUAGACAUUCAUCAUUAAAGCACUGAUGGGGAAAACACUCUGACGGCUAUUUUUCGUAUGUUAACAGAAACCAAUCUUAGCACCUUUCAAGGGGUUUGUGUCUGUUUGGAAAGAGAGCACGUGGGGCGGGGGGGGGGGGUGGAAUCAGACAGUUCUGGGUAGGGAAUUCCCUGUUGACCAGAUUGGAAGUGGAGGGAAAUACUCCUCCCCGCUCGUCCCUGGGGGCCGCGCCUUACACAAAUAUUUCCAUUAUUGCAGUGGGCACUCGGGACCUCACCAUCCGUCCGUAGGGUUGUACAGGUGCCCUGUUGCUGAAUGUAUGUUGCGUAUCCCACGGCACUGAAGAGGAGGGCGAACAGCUGUCAGUCCACGUGAUUGAGAAAAAUUAACUUUUCCAAAUGAAUGUCUUGCCUUAAACCCUCUAUUUCCUAAAAUAUUGUUCCUAAAUGGUAUUUUCACGUGUCCUAUUGUAUGAACACUAUUUCUCUGUUCUUUGUCGCGUGCUGCCCAGGAAUCCUGGAGGAAUUGGAACAGGAUACUUCAGAAUGUGGGUACUUUAACAUGCAAUAAACAUCUCAGUAUUUGAA